AUGGCCCAGACGUUUCGCGCCCUGACGGCCCUUGUUGUGGCUGUUGUUGCCCUGGUUUCCGUGCCAGUCUCGGCUACAACCAUUACCACGGGCUGCGAGUCCACUCAGUAUGAUGGCUCUGCCCAGCUGACCUUCCGCUGCAUCCGUUCCAAGAAGAUUGCCGAGUACGAGGAUUGGCGCCUCAACAAGUUUGCCCGCAAACUCAACGAACAGCUCACUGCUUCAUGCGGCCUCUCCCAGUGUGAUGUGCGGUCGACAAACGCAAGCGACAUCGAGGUCGUGGCUGAUGGCACAAACGCUGUGCGCGUUGCCGUGCACAACGCAUCGACGGUAGAGGCGAUUGAGACGUGCAUGAGUACAACCAAGGUUCGUUUCAUGCAGUGCAACCUCAAGCUCGUGAACUAUGUUGCCGAAGGAAACACCGACGUGUGCCAGGACACCACGUACAGCACCAGCGCUGUCCUGACGACCAAGUGCCUCCGUAACCAGAAGCUCGACGAGUUUACGGACGCCCAGCUGGACAAGUUUGCCAGCCAGCUGCGCGACGCCAUUCAGGAAGACUGCGGCUUGGAUACGUGCGAUCUGUCGCUGAAAGACGGCUCCUCCGUGACUCCGCUUGCACCCAACAAGUUCAGCGUCGCUGCAAAGGAUGCUACCGUUGUGGCUGCCCUUGGGGCUUGCAAGCUUCGGUUCCACCGCUGCAAGGUGAACGGUGUCGAGACGACGACCACAACCACCACCACAACCACAACAACUACAACUACAGCCACAACUACCACAACAACGACUACAACUACCACAACCACAACCACUACCACGACCACAUCUCCAUGCACGACACUUCCUGCAGUCGUAGUUGAGAGCGCUGACCUGUGCCAUGAAGAGACUGUGGACAUUCCCAACUUUGUGGCCACGUCUCAUAUCCAGUCCAUCUGCAUUGAUCUGAAGCACACAUUUAUCAGCGAUAUUGACUUGUAUCUCCGCUGUCCAAGUGGCCAGAAACUGGAGCUGGCCACGGACCUUGGCGGCAGUGCCGACGUCGACGGACAACACUGCUGGACCCCAUCUGCAACUUCCCUCUUCCCUGCCAACCCAGCCAAGCCGGAAGGUGACUGGAGUGCGCUGGAUGGCUGCACAACCAGUGGCACAUGGGUCUUCGAGUACGCUGAUGAUUUUGCACCCGAAGAUGAUGCAACGAUCCGCGCCGUUGACGUCACACUCCUCAAUCCGUGAGGCGGUUUCACUUCCCUGCCAGUUGAACAGCUGGUGUUGUGUGUGUGUGUGUGUCAUUAUGUGUCUCUGUUUCUGUCUGCCCUUCUCCCUUUCCACCCCCCUCUCUCAUCCGUUUCCCGUCCUCUCUCC